UGUCCUCCGGCCAACCAAACGCUGAACUGAGGAAAGUUACUUUGUCGCGGAGAGGAACCUGACGCGGCUGAACGCUCGUGGCCAUGUGGAGGCUGCUGACGCGCGUCCCCGCGCCGCUCCUGCGGAUGCAAUUUCCAGAUUCUUGGGCAGCCCUUCCCACAAGUGCUGGUCUGAAGACGCUCCUCCCAGUUCCAUCUUUUGAAGAUGUCUCCAUCCCUGAAAGGACCAAGCUUAAAUUUGUUGAGAGAGUCCCACUUGUGCCAAAAGUAAGAAGAGAACCUAAAAAUUUGAAGGACAUACGAGGGCCUUCAGCUGAAGCUACUGACUUCACAGAAGGCAAUUUUGCAAUUCUGGCACUUGGAGGUGGUUAUCUUCACUGGGGCCAUUUUGAAAUGAUGCGCUUGACAAUCAACCGCUUUAUGGAUCCCAAGAACAUGUUUGCAAUAUGGCGAGUACCAGCCCCUUUCAAACCCAUCACUCGCAAAGGUGUUGGGCAGCGCAUGGGGGGAGGUAAAGGUGCCAUUGAUCAUUAUGUGACACCUGUGAAGACUGGCAGGCUCAUAAUAGAGAUGGGUGGACGCUGUGAAUUUGAAGAGGUAAAGGGUAUCCUGAACCAAGUUGCUCACAAGUUACCCUUUCCAGCAAAGGCUGUGAGCCGUAAGACUCUAGAACAAAUGCACCAAAAUGAAAAAGAAAGAGAACUUAACAACCAAAAUCCCUGGACCUUUGAGCGCAUAGCCACUGCCAACAUGUUUGGCAUACGGAAAUUCCUGAGCCCAUAUGAUUUGACGCAGAAAGGGCGAUAUUGGGGCAAAUUCUACAUGCCCAAGCGUGUGUAGUGAAAGUGCAAGGAACAUGUGCUCAAACUCCUGAGCGAGAAUCUGCACCUUUACUGUCCUUAGGGUCUUUGGUGGUUCUUGGAUCCUACCUAAGCACGUGAGUAAGUGACUUCUGAAAAACUGUGUCAUCUGAUUUAUUCUAAUUAAAGUUUGAGUGUAACCUCAGGGUACAACUUCUCUUUGGUCAGUUUCAGUUGCUUAAAGGAUUAAGGACAGUUUGACAUAGCCAACUCUCCCAGCACUCAGGAGGCAAAGAUGGGUGGAUCUCACUUGUGUUCAAGGCUAGUCACAUCUACAAGCAAGAUCCUGUCUCCCAAAAAAAAAAAAAAAGACUUGUCAUAUCUCCAGAACUGAAAUCUGUCUUCACAUCUCACAGCUCUGGAAAUGUAAAUGUGCAUAUUACCUAGUCUAUGACAUUUUGCUCAUUACAAAUGUAUUUUUUGGAAUAAUAAAGAUUAAAAACAACAGUACUUAGA